AUGGGAAGGUCACUGGAUUUUGAAGAUGUGUUUGGGAAAUGGAUAGAUAAAAAAUCUGCAGCCGGAGAUAAACUUUCUGACUUCUACCUUCAUUUUGCACUUUUAGUUUUGGAAAACCAAGACCUGCAAGAUUCGAUUAAGCCACAGAAGGUAGAGUUCCAUUCGUUAAAUUUCAACACCACUUUGCAUUGGCAGCCUGGGUGGGCCAGAGAGGCGAGAGAUGUGCUCUACUUUGUGCAGUAUAAAGUGUAUGGGCAGAGCACGUGGCGAAACAAAGACGAGUGCUGGGGGAUUUCAAGCCGUGUCUGUGACCUAACACACGAGACCUCUGACAUCCAGGAGCCUCACUACAGCAGAGUGAGAGCAGCCCUGGCUGGUGUCUACUCUGACUGGAGCCUCAGCUGCAGAUUCACUCCUUGGCGAGAGACUAUGAUAGGACCUCCAAUGGUAACUGUGGUCCAUAGCAACAAAUCCAUAACAGUAAAGCUCCAGGCUCCACGUUCUCCUUAUAAAAGGAAAAGAGGCAGCAAAAUACCAAUGACAAAUUAUUAUGAUCUGCUGUAUCAAGUCUUCAUAAUCAACAAUUUGCUAGAUGAGCACCACAGGGUCCUGGUGUAUGAAGGCAAAGACAAGGUUAUUAAAAUACAAGAUUUGAGGCCUGGAGUCAGCUACUGCAUCGUGGCUAAAAUGUACAUGCCAAUGCUGGACCACAGCAGUGCCUACAGCAGCAGGCAAUGUACUGUGCUGUAGUGACAGGGCUGGCACCUCUGAGACAGGGAUAAUGACAGAAGAUUCCUUCCAUCACAGGUCCAGCUGUAAAUCAACAUCUGCUCUCUAUGUCUCGAAUACAUACUUGGAUACUUUUUAAUCUACAUUGCUGCAUUAAAUUAUUUGAUCACAAUCAUUUUAUGCUACAUGAAGGUCAAGGAUUCUUUGUAUGUCCCAUAUUACAAUUUAUGAUGGUAUAUAUUUGCAUUUCCAAAGGAAAAAGGCUUGUAAUAUAAAAAUAAAACCAUGAAAAAAGU